CACACAGUCUAAAAUGUGUACAUUUAGCAAAGCCGUGUUUUAUCAGCACAAUAAAAGACAAUAAAUAACAAUAUUAGAGUAUAAGAAUUCGAUCGCUUUAAAAAACGUACGCUGGCGUUAGUUGGCGUAUCUGACACAAUUUAAUUCUUGCCACCAGCAGUGCUCAUAACAUAUUUCUCGUCUCAGAUAAAAUCCCAACCCAAAGGAAAAAAUGGCACGCCCAAUUUUCCCCAAUCAGCAGAAAAUCGCUGAGAAAUUAAUCAUUUUAAAUGAUCGUGGUCUGGGGAUACUCACGCGAAUUUACAACAUCAAGAAGGCAUGCGGCGAUACCAAGUCGAAGCCAGGUUUUCUGUCGGAGAAAUCGCUGGAGUCCUCCAUCAAAUUCAUUGUGAAACGUUUUCCCAACAUCGACGUGAAGGGUUUGAAUGCGAUUGUUAAUAUCAAGGCGGAGAUCAUCAAAUCCCUGUCGCUCUAUUAUCACACAUUCGUCGAUCUCCUGGACUUCAAGGACAAUGUGUGCGAGCUGCUCACCACCAUGGAUGCCUGCCAGAUCCAUUUGGACAUCACACUCAACUUUGAACUGACCAAAAACUAUUUGGAUUUGGUGGUCACCUAUGUGUCCCUGAUGAUUGUCCUCUCACGCGUCGAGGAUCGCAAGGCGGUGCUGGGUCUCUACAAUGCCGCCUUCGAGUUGCAGAACAAUCAGGCGGAUACGGGCUUUCCACGCUUGGGCCAAAUGAUUCUCGACUACGAGGUGCCGCUGAAGAAGCUCGCCGAGGAGUUCAUUCCCCACCAGCGACUGCUGACGAAUGCCUUGCGCUCGCUAACAUCGAUAUAUGCUCUGCGCAACCUGCCCGCAGAUAAAUGGCGCGAGAUGCAAAAGCUCAGCCUGGUGGGCAAUCCAGCUAUUCUCCUUAAGGCCGUGCGAACGGACACCAUGUCCUGUGAGUACAUUUCACUGGAGGCCAUGGAUCGCUGGAUCAUAUUCGGACUGCUGCUUAAUCAUCAAAUGCUCGGCCAAUAUCCGGAGGUGAACAAAAUCUGGCUGUCGGCACUGGAGAGCAGCUGGGUGGUGGCCCUGUUCAGGGACGAAGUCCUCCAGAUACACCAGUACAUUCAGUCCACGUUCGAUGGAAUCAAGGGCUACAGCAAGCGCAUCGGCGAGGUAAAGGAGGCCUACAACACGGCCGUCCAGAAGGCAGCCCUCAUGCAUCGCGAGCGGCGCAAGUUUUUGCGAACUGCCCUCAAAGAAUUGGCACUGAUUAUGACCGAUCAACCGGGUCUACUGGGUCCCAAAGCCAUCUUUAUAUUCAUUGGGCUGUGCUUGGCGCGCGACGAGAUUCUUUGGCUGCUGCGGCACAAUGAUAAUCCGCCGCUACUGAAAAACAAAGGCAAGAGCAAUGAAGAUCUGGUUGAUCGUCAACUGCCGGAGCUGCUGUUCCACAUGGAGGAACUACGUGCGCUGGUCCGCAAAUAUAGCCAGGUGAUGCAGCGCUACUAUGUCCAAUAUCUGUCCGGCUUCGAUGCAACAGAUCUGAACAUACGCAUGCAGAGCCUGCAAAUGUGCCCGGAGGAUGAGAGUAUUAUAUUUAGUUCGCUGUACAAUACGGCUGCUGGACUCACUGUCAAGCAGGUGGAGGACAACGAGCUCUUCUACUUCCGACCCUUCCGGCUGGACUGGUUCCGGCUGCAAACGUACAUGAGUGUUGGGAAGGCGGCACUACGCAUCACGGAGCAUAUGGAGCUGGCACGCCUGCUCGAUUCGAUGGUGUUUCAUACGCGCGUUGUCGACAACCUGGACGAGAUACUUGUAGAGACUUCGGAUCUGAGUAUCUUUUGUUUCUACAACAAAAUGUUUGAUGAUCAGUUUCACAUGUGCUUGGAAUUUCCGGCACAGAAUCGUUACAUAAUUGCAUUUCCGUUGAUCUGCAGCCACUUCCAGAAUUGCACACACGAAAUGUGUCCGGAAGAGCGGCACCACAUACGUGAACGCUCACUGAGUGUGGUCAAUAUUUUCCUAGAGGAGAUGGCCAAGGAGGCAAAGAAUAUCAUUACCACCAUAUGCGACGAGCAAUGCACCAUGGCCGAUGCCCUAUUGCCCAAACACUGCGCCAAGAUUCUAUCCGUUCAGUCGGCGCGCAAGAAGAAGGACAAAUCAAAAUCGAAACACUUUGACGACAUUCGCAAACCGGGCGACGAAUCGUUUCGCAAGACACGUGAGGAUCUGACCACCAUGGACAAGUUGCACAUGGCGCUCACCGAGCUGUGCUAUGCCAUCAAUUACUGUCCCACAGUCAACGUCUGGGAAUUUGCCUUUGCGCCACGCGAAUAUCUCUGCCAGAAUCUGGAGCACCGAUUCUCACGCGACUUGGUCGGCAUGGUGAUGUUCAACCAGGAGACCAUGGAAAUAGCCAAACCCUCGGAGCUGUUAGCCAGCGUACGAGCUUACAUGAACGUGCUGCAAACGGUGGAGAACUAUGUGCAUAUCGACAUCACACGCGUGUUCAACAACUGCCUGCUGCAACAGACUCAGUCACUGGACUCGCACGGGGAGAAGACGAUUGCGGCACUGUAUAACACCUGGUAUAGCGAGGUGCUGCUGCGACGUGUCUCCGCUGGCAACAUUGUGUUCUCCAUUAACCAAAAGGCAUUUGUGCCCAUUUCGCCGGAGGGUUGGGUUCCUUUCAAUCCGCAAGAGUUUUCCGAUCUGAUCGAGCUGCGCGCUCUGGCCGAGCUGGUGGGCCCGUAUGGCAUCAAGACGCUGAAUGAGACGCUGAUGUGGCAUAUUGCCAACCAGGUGCAGGAGCUGAAGUCGCUGGUGGGCACCAACAAGGAGGUGUUAAUCACUCUGCGCACCAGUUUCGACAAGCCGGAGGUGAUGAAGGAGCAGUUCAAGCGAUUGCAGGACGUUGAUCGGGUAUUGCAACGCAUGACCAUAAUUGGUGUGAUUAUCUGCUUCCGUAAUCUGGUGCACGAGGCGCUGGUGGAUGUGCUGGACAAACGCAUUCCAUUCCUGCUCAGCUCGGUGAAGGACUUUCAGGAGCAUUUGCCAGGUGGAGAUCAGAUACGUGUCGCCUCCGAAAUGGCCUCGGCGGCGGGUCUGCUCUGCAAGGUGGACCCCACAUUGGCCACCACAUUGAAAUCAAAAAAACCCGAAUAUGAUGAGGGCGAACAUCUGACCGCAUGUCUACUGAUGGUCUUUGUGGCUGUCUCCAUACCAAAGCUGGCACGCAAUGAGCAUUCGUUCUACAGAGCCACCAUCGACGGACACUCGAAUAACACACACUGUAUGGCGGCUGCCAUCAACAACAUUUUUGGCGCCCUGUUCACAAUUUGUGGACAAAACGAUAUGGAAGAUCGCAUGAAGGAGUUUUUGGCAUUGGCCAGCUCAUCGCUGCUGCGUCUGGGUCAGGAAUCAGAUAAGGAAGCGACCCGGAAUCGCGAGUCUAUUUAUUUGCUGCUGGAUGAGAUUGUUAAACAGUCGCCAUUCCUUACCAUGGAUCUGCUGGAAUCGUGCUUUCCAUACGUGCUCAUCCGCAAUGCCUAUCACGGUGUCUACAAACAGGAGCAGAUAAUGGGACUGGGUCUAUAAUCCCUACCAAACAGACAGCAAUAAGCGUCACGUAUUCUUAUCCGAGUAUUUACCUAAUUAGUUACUGCUAAUCGAUUAUUGUGCAUUAUGCGAACGAAUUACAAAAUAUUCUAUUAUUCUAUUGUUAAACAUAAAUAAUACCGUAUGAUAUAUGAGAUAAUUAACCAAUUAAAAAAACGUUUCUACGCAUUUAGGACAUUCGUAUUCAGCAUUUUGAUACAUUAUUUGUAUAAAUAAAGUGCAUAUGCAAAUCAAA